CUUUAGCGAGCGCAAAAUCCGGCCUAAGGGCCUUACCGUCUUCAGCACCCUGAGGUGUCCCAAAGGGUGCGUGGUCUUGAGGAAGGACAAAGAUGCCGGACUCAGAUGGAAUUGAGCGGGGCCCGGGUGCUACACCCGAGGACUUCGUCAAGGCUUUGGAAAAGAGAGAGAUGGCACGGCUUCAGGUGCCCAAGGUUAACAUCUUCCACUUCAAUGGGGAUAGGGUGUCCGAGUGGCUUGAGCUGUUGGAACAGGUCACUUGCGAGGCAUCAGAGGCAGACAAAUUCAAGCUGAUGCCUAGGUACGUAUGGUGGGAGCUUAGACCUGAGGUAAUGAAAGUAGCGGCCGACGCAAAUGGUGAGUGGGCAAGGUUUAAAGAGGAGAUGCAGAGGCGUUUCAAGUUAGGGGACGGCCUGCUCACAAAAGAAGACAUGGAAAUGUUGAGACGGGACGAGUUCUCCACGGUGGGAGCCUUUGCCACAGCAUUUGAGAAGAUGGCAAAGAAAGUCCCAGGGAUGGCAGAAGAAGAACAAUGUGCCACUUUCCUAGGGCACUUCAAGAAUUGGGAAGCCUCGUCGCUAACCAAGAAAGUUGCGCCAGGAAAGAAACUGACUUGGGGUGCCAUAAAAAAAGGCGUGCUAGAGGGAGAGUUGGACCAGGUAGACAUCUUCCAGAUGAGACAGGCUAGGAAGAAAAGGAAGACUUUGGAUACUAUCGCUAGUGAUGGGCGCAACUUCAAGCUAAUGAUAGAAGAGGCUGUGGCCCAGCACGAUGCAGAGAAGGAUGCAAGAAAGAAGGCUAUGGCGGCGCCACAAGCCCAAGGGAAAGGAAAGAAGGUGGCAGUGCUAGAGGAGGAAGAAGAAGAAGAGGAGCCUGAGCCACAAAAGUUGACAAAGGCUCAAAGGAAGGCAAGGCUCAGGAAAAGGUCAAGCCCCGCAGGCUGUGGCGAUGCCACCCCCAGAGUCGUCCGGUCAAGCCGCACCAGCGCCCUAUGGAUCAUGGCCAGGUUGUGGACCUCCCAGUCAUUGGCAUGGGCACUGUUCAUAUGCACCAUGGCCAAGGGGCGGGCCGCAUGGAUCAUGCGCCGGAGCGCCGAUGAGUACUGCUUCCUGUGGAUGGCCGGGACCCCAGUCUCAACAGAGGAAGAAAGGAUGAGGAUGGAAGGCGGAGAGUCUGAAGGAGAUGAUCCAUCAGAGGCUUUGACACUCAGCCUGGCAAACAUACGGGAUGCUAUGGACAUAGUAUCCAUCUAUGGAAUGGCAGACCUUGUGGCAGUAGAGGCCCUCAGGGAAAAGGUGAUGGAGAGGAGAGGUGAAGGGUCCUAGACUUGCUAAAGGAGCAUAACCUCACUGCAAGUGGGUCUAAAUCAAGGCACUGCAUGAGC